CACAUGACUGUCAGGCGGAAAAAAAACGGCUUAAACAGGAACUUGUGGGGUCAAAGGUCAUCAUGGGCUCCGCAGUGGAACGGACGGAUGAACACGUGAGGGAGUACCUGAUCUAUCGAGGAUUCACGAACACGCUGAAACAUCUGGACCACGAGAUCAAGGCCGACAAGGAGAAAGGCUUCAGGGUGGACAAGAUCAUCGAUCAGCUGCAGCAGUUUGUCCAGAGCUUCGACCUUUUGGGGCUGAUGGAGUACUGGCUCUACCUGGAUCGCCGGCUGUUCUGCAGACUGGAGGAUGUCUACAAGUCCACCGUCAACAAGCUGAGGACCAGCCUGUACCGAUACUACGUCAUCAACACCAUCCAGAAAGGCAACCCUGAGAAGACUCAGGAGUUCUUCCAGAAGCAGGCAUCGGAGCUGCAGACUCAGGCCGAGUGGCGUGACUGGUUCAUCCUGCCGUUUGUCCCCGCCCCCGAGCAAAACCCCGCCUUCGCGCAGUACUUCUCCCGCCAGUGGGCUGACACUUUCCUGGUCUCGCUGCACAACUUCCUGUCUGUCCUCUUCCAGUGUAUGCCUCAGCCGGUUCUGCUGAGCUUCGACGCUGAGGUCCAGAAGAUGACGAGCCUAACCGAAGAGAACGAGCAGUUCCGUCAUAUGCUUUUCGCCCUACAGACCGAGAGCCGGGACCCGAAGGACGGGGACGAGAUGGUCCUCCACAAGCUGCCGCUGUAUGUCCAGAACAUGGACCGGCUGGGGGACACUGAGCUUGACCUGGUUUCGAGUCAGCGGGCCGUCAGCGCCACCACAACUCCAACCAGAAACUUCUUUUCCACCUUCCUGCCGCAGGGGAAACGCACACCGGUGAAGCAUGCCACAGCGGGGUCCUCCCCGAGCCAGGCAGCCGUGGGCAGGAAGGACACGUCAGCCAAUCAGCCUUUAAAGUCUAAAGAAAUGAAGGAGGUGAAGUUGGCUGUCCAGUUAUCGACCGGCGACUCCCAGAACCAGAACAGCAGACACAAGAGGAUCCAAGAACACGAGAAGGAGAGGAAGGAGCUUUUCUUCAAACCUCCCCCUCAGACGCCAGAGAGGAGAGUGGAGGUGGAGGAGGCAGAACCAAUUCUUCCAGAGACCUCCGGCGAUCCUCCUGACUCCUUCAACAGCAGGAUCUGUGCGGCGGGAGCAGAGGGAGGAGGUCUGUCCAUGGAACAGCCGUUCAUCAAACUCAGUCAGGAGGAGUACGGAGAGCAUCACUCCUCCAUCAUGCACUGCAGAGUCGACUGUUCCGGUCGUCGGGUCGCCAGUCUGGACGUGGAUGGAGUCAUCAAGGUCUGGUCUUUCAACCCCAUCAUGCAGACCAAGGCCACCAUCAUGUCCAAGUCCCCUCUGCUGUCUCUGGAGUGGGCCACCAAACCAGACCGGCUCCUCCAGUUCUCUUUAGAACCAGAACCGGUAGCCGUGAACUGCACAGCCUUCAACCACAACGGGAACCUGCUGGUGACCGGAGCUGCCGACGGCAUCAUCAGGCUCUUCGACAUGCAGCGGUACGAGAGCGCCAUGAGCUGGAGGGCUCACAACGGGGAGGUCUACAGCGUGGAAUUCAGCUACGACGAGAACACCGUGUUCAGCGUCGGCGAGGAUGGGAAGUUCAUCCAGUGGAACAUCCAUCGUUGUGGCGUGAAGCAGUCCGAGCAGGAUUUGCCUCAGGAUGCCACCGGGCCCUUCAUCUUGUCGGGGUACAGUGGCUACAAACAGGUCCAGGUUCCCCGAGGUCGGCUGUUUGCGUUUGACUCUGAGGGACAACACGUCCUGACCUGUUCCAGCUCUGGAGGACUCAUUUACAGACUGACCAGUGGUGACCCAGCUCUGGACCGGGUUCUGCCUCUGGGCGGGCACAAGGCGCCGGUGGUGACGGUGGACUGGUGCUCAGCGGUGGACUGCGGCACUUGUCUGACGGCCUCCAUGGACGGGAAGAUCAAACUGAGCACGCUCCUGGCUCAGAAGUCGUGACCUGUCGUCGGAGGCUUCAGGAGAGACGAGCACCAUUCAAAUUAAACCAGCGAUAAAUUCUGACUAAAAGUUUCACCUGACAGUUCUGAUUUCUUACUUUUAGUGCUUUUCGGAGCAGAAACAUUUAAGUCUGGCACGUUUGACAGUUUCAGCUGUUUACAUAAUUAAACAACUCACAUUGA